AGCUGCUUUGAUGUCGUGUCGCUUUACUUGAGCUGAACGGAUCUGUGGAACUUUGUGACGGGCGGCACCGAUUUCAGCUCCAGUUUGUUUGUUGGUAGUUAGUUUGGGAAGUGAGCGCGUGACUGUUUUAUACUGAGAGCGCGGAACCGGAACCAGGAACCGAGAUCAGCCUGCCCGGCCGACCAUGAGCAUCCAUCCCCGCAGGAUCCGCCUGAAGCCCUGGCUGCUGGCCCAGGUGAACAGCGGCAGGUAUGCGGGUCUCCAGUGGCUCAGCCCGGAGCACCGGCUCUUCCAGAUCCCCUGGAAACACGCCACGCGCCACACGCCCGUGUCAGAGGAGGAGAACACCAUCUUCAAGGCGUGGGCUGUGGAGACGGGGAAGUACCAGGAGGGAGUGGACGAACCGGACCCGGCCAAGUGGAAGGCCAACCUGCGCUGCGCCCUCAACAAGAGCCGGGAGUUCCAGCUGAAGUACGACGGAACCAAGGAGACGCCGCUCAAGCCCUUUAAAAUCUACGAGGUGUGCGACGUGCCUGGGAACGCAGACGGAGCCGAGGAAGAGGAUGAGGAGAUGCCGAACCUGAUGGACCUCAGCAUCAACCCUCGGAUCAACGAGCCUACGACCUUCCCCCCCUUCGGCCUGUCCUCCAGCGGGUCGUUUGGAUCUCCCCAGGUGAUCCCCUUGCCGCUCCUACCCAUGACCUCUGACCUGCAGCCCCGCGGUACCAUGGUGGAUCCGGGGAGCUUCGGCCCGCCUGGAGGACUUCCUAAUGGACUCCAGGACCUGAACUCGCUGUCCGCUGCAGUUUCUGGUAUCCAGCCCGAAUCCAUGGAAGCAAGCAACAUGGGGUCCAUCCAAACCCAGCCGGACCCGCAGAACCACCAACCCUGCAAGUACGACCUGCUGAGCAGCGUCCCAUUAACAGAUCUGGACCUGAAGUUCUUGUACCGGGGCCGAGCCAUGGGCUCUCUAACCGUCAGUAACCCUCAGGGCUGCCGGCUCUACUACGGACACCUGGAACCUUCCCCAGAUCAGGUGGACCUGUUUGGACCCGUCACUCUGCAGCAGGUUCUGUUCCCAGGGACUACUGAAAUCCAGAACCAGAAGCAGCGGUUCUACACAGAUGCUCUCCUGGACGUGAUGGACAGAGGCCUGAUCCUGGAGAUCGAGCAGCAGGACAUUUACGCCAUCCGCCUCUGCCAGUGUAAGGUGUUCUGGUCUGGGCCGGGAAUGCCAGAACAGGGACCUCCAAACCCCAUGGAGAGGGAGAGGAGGAUCAAAGUGUUCAGUCUCAACGAGUUCUUGCAAGGGCUGAUCCUGUUCCAGAGGGGAGAGGCUCAGAACCCGCCACCGUUCGAGGUCAACCUCUGCUUUGGAGAAGACUGGCCAGACAAGAAACCGAAGGAGAAGAAGCUCAUCAUGGUCCAGGUGGUUCCUGUGGUGGCGCGGAUCCUGACGGAGAUGUUCUCUGGAGAACUGAACUGGUCCACCGACAGCAUCCGGCUGCAGAUUUCCAACCCGGACGUGAAGGACCAGACGGUGGAACAGUUUAAAGAACUUCAAAGGCUCCUUCAGAACCAGCUGGGGGUCCAGGGGCCCUGGGCCCCAACCGGUUCCCUGGAAGCCUCCAUGAACAACGGACCCAGUGGAUUCUCAAUGGGGACCAGCUGAACAGCCGGAUCCAGAACCACCUGGGUUGACUUCAGGACCCUUAAUGCCAGGGUCGGGUCGAAGCUGAUCCGAUUCUGCAGAACCUCAAUAUUUCAUGAACAUUGGAUCAGAACCAGGAGUUCAAGGGUCCGAUGAUGCAUGAUCCGACCCGACAGCCCGGAUGUUUCAGUGCUGUAGAACCAGCACCUACCUCGUUCCGAUUUGGAUGGGUUCACAUUUCCUUAAGACUAUUAACCCAAACGUCAAGGUCCAGAACUUUCUAGAAUUCUGUUUUUUCCUGUUGUACUUUAGCUGCGUUUUACUUCUGGUCCGGACCGUUUUCAUUCCAGGCUUUAUGUUUGAGCUGCAAUGCUGCCAGUCCAGGUCGUUGGGAACCAGUAACAGGUUCUGGUUGGUUUGGUUCUGAGAUCAGACGCAGCAUUUCAGCUCCAACAAGGCGACUGAAAAGUUCUGGCUCUGGUCUUUCAGAACCACUUCUGGCAGUGUUUUUUUUUUUUUGGCCGUUCUGGUUUCUUUAACGCCGUCAUAAAAGAACUGUUAGAACCUGGGUGAUCUCUACAGAUUGAAGGUACUGGAAGCAUGGCAUGUCAGAACCACAUCUAAACCCACCCAGAACCUUACAGGACCGGGCCGAAGGUGAGAGAAGAGCAGCUGAAGUCCGGAGGAGAAACAUGGAUCGUUGGGUUCCGGCAGACAUUCGGUCAGACGGUUCUGCUCCGGUCCAUCAGAACUACAGACUGCCAAAUAUUCUGUAUUAAAGCUGGUUGUAUUUUUCAAUGUUCUUUGUAAUUUUAACCAUAAAAUUAUUUUUUCUACUUUGAUUAAAUAAAGGGCGAUUCCCAACAUUUUUCUCCCCAGAGGACAAACCCGA